AAAUGUCACCUUUUUCACUUGAUUUCUUGUCAACUAAAAGAUCAAAUGUUCAGAGUUUUCUUCAAUCAGUCACACCGGUUAUCACUUCAAAACCUCUUCUACCAAAGAGUAACAUGGAUGAUCAAAAUAGCAUGUGGAAUUCAAAUGGUGAUAAGUACUUCAUACUUAGAGAUUUAUGGGACUGUUACGAAGAGUGGAGUGCAUAUGGUGUUGGUGCUCCCAUUUAUUUGAAAGAUGAUAAUGAAAGUGUUAUUCAAUAUUAUGCUCCUUAUUUAUCAGCAAUCCAAAUUUACACAGUCAAAUCAGCUUCCUCACUAAUAAGAAACUCAUCUUCUGGAGAUCAUGAGGUUGAUUUCGAGACGGAGUCUUGGAGUGAUGCAAGUGAGAACAGCGAGAAGUUGUCAAGAACUAUAAGUAACAACUCCAUUUCUGCAGAUUCAUGUUUUGAGUUGGAUGCUUCAAAAGAUCGCCUUGGCUAUCUCUAUUUCCAGUAUUCUGAGACAUGCUCUCCUUUUUGGAGAAUUCCCUUUUCAGAUAAGAUCCUUGAAUUUACUCAGCACUAUCCUGGACUCGCGACGCUAAAGAGCACUGAAUUAUCUGCUGCAAGUUGGAUGGCUGUUGCUUGGUAUCCAAUCUACCAUGUUCCAAUGAAAGGAAUUACUAAAAAUGUUUCUGCAAGCUUUCUUACCUACCAUACAUUGUCAUCAACUUUCCAAGAUGUUGCAGAAGAGAACCCCGAUGGAGAAAGUGAAAUUCGGCUUAGUCCAUUUGGUUUAGCUGCAUACAAGAUGCAAAAUGAUGUAUGGCUAAACACUCAUACACAGAAGGACUAUGAAAAGCUAUGUGAUCUUCAAAAUGCUGCAGAUUCAUGGCUGAAGCAGCUUUCUUAUAGUCACCAUGACUUCAAUUUCUUCAUCGCGCAUUCUAACUUGGAGCAUGGAGGUUACUCAUUAUGAAAUCACUCAGAGCCUCUGCCAUCAUUCUUGUUAUGUUCUUUAGAUGGUUUUCUCCAAGAAACUGAAACUGAUGUACCCUCUUUCAAUUCAUUUGAUGGGGAAAUCGUUAGAUUGUUUAAGAUAUAUUUUCCUUUGUGAUUUUGGAGGAUUUCAGUUUUGUAAAUAUCUCAUGCAGCUCUAUAUUUCAACAAGUACUAAAAAUUUUGGGCCUA